AGGCCCGGUCCGGACGAGCUAUCAUCAUUCUACUUCCAACUCUCGGACCAAUCGUUUCGGCUUUCCAAAUUCUAAAUUUCAAAUUCUAAAACAAAAUUUCAAGAUGCCUUGCUGCCCUCCUUCCUGCUGCGGACCCUGCAAUAACGUGCCCUGCUGUGGCCCGCACAGUCCGCCCUGCGGUGCUCCGUCUCCCAUUCCAUGCUCCCCCGCGCCAGGCAUGUGCUGCCCACCGUUGCCCGAGGGCGGGAUCCCCGAUCCCCGUGUCUGGAACUACUACAACACACCCGUUACUUAUCCAUGUGGCUUCUAAGUGACUCUCAGUUAAGUGAUAUCAAUGCUUCCGUGCAAUAGUCCACCAGUUUGAACCAAAUUGGAGCCAGUGCAAGUCAGUAAAUCUGAAGACCAAUGUGUCAAAAAGACCGGAGAAGGGAUGAAGGUGCCAACGUCUGGUAGCCGGGCAUUUUCAAAUUUUAUAAUAUUUGGGAUCUAAUUUGGACAAUAAAAUAGGCUUUAAUUAUAUAA